ACAACUUUGAAAUGUUGAGAACUGUCGCUCGUUCUGCCCUUGCGGCCACUGUCCGUAGAGCCGCUGCUCCCGCUACUCGUCUCAACCUUGGUGCUGCCUCCAUUGCUGUCCGCAACUACGCUUCUGCCAAGCCCCAGACUUCCGAGGUCUCCUCCAUCCUCGAGCAACGCAUCCUUGGUGCCUCCGGAGAUGUCGAUAUCCAGGAGACUGGACGCGUCUUGUCCAUUGGUGACGGUAUUGCCCGUGUCUAUGGUUUGAAGAACUGCCAGGCCGAAGAGAUGGUUGAAUUCUCCAGCGGUCUUAAGGGUAUGGCCCUUAACUUGGAACCCGAUAACGUCGGUAUUGUCGUCUUCGGUAACGAUCGUUUGAUUAAGGAAGGUGACACUGUCAAGCGUACCGGUGCUAUUGUUGACGUUCCCGUCGGUCCCGGUCUUCUUGGUCGUGUUGUCGAUGCCCUUGGUAACCCCAUUGAUGGUAAGGGUCCUCUCGACAGCAUUGGCCGUACUCGUGUCCAAGUCAAGGCCCCCGGUAUUUUGCCCCGUCACUCCGUUCGCGAACCUAUGCAGACUGGUAUCAAGUCUGUCGACUCCAUGGUUCCCAUCGGUCGUGGUCAGCGUGAGUUGAUUAUUGGUGAUCGUCAAACCGGUAAGACUGCUGUCGCUCUCGACACCAUUCUUAACCAGAAGAACUGGAACAACGGUUCUGAUGAAGCCAAGAAGUUGUACUGUGUCUACGUUGCUGUUGGUCAAAAGCGUUCCACUGUUGCUCAGCUCGUCAGCACUCUUGAGAACAACGAUGCCCUCAAGUACUCCAUCAUUGUUGCUGCCACCGCUUCCGAAGCCGCUCCUCUUCAAUACCUUGCUCCUUUCUCUGGUGCUGCUAUUGGUGAAUGGUUCCGUGACAACGGUCGUCACUCUUUGAUCAUCUAUGACGAUUUGUCCAAGCAAGCUGUUGCUUACCGUCAAAUGUCCCUUUUGCUUCGUCGUCCUCCCGGUCGUGAAGCCUACCCUGGUGACGUUUUCUACCUUCACUCUCGUCUUCUCGAGCGUGCUGCCAAGAUGAACAAGGACUUCGGUUACGGUUCCAUGACUGCCCUUCCCAUCAUUGAGACCCAGGGUGGUGAUGUCUCUGCUUACAUUCCCACUAACGUCAUUUCCAUCACUGACGGUCAGAUCUUCUUGGAAGCUGAACUUUUCUUCAAGGGUAUCCGUCCCGCCAUUAACGUCGGUCUUUCCGUCUCCCGUGUCGGUUCCGCUGCCCAGACCAAGGCCAUGAAGCAAGUUGCCGGUUCCCUCAAGCUUUUCCUUGCCCAAUACCGUGAAGUCGCUGCUUUCGCUCAAUUCGGUUCCGAUUUGGAUGCCUCCACCCAGUUCUUGUUGAACCGUGGU